AUGUCGUCGACCGAUUUAAUGCCUAAAUGGCAAUUACUGGCACUGGUAGCGAUUAGCUACCUUACGUGGACCAUUUCGAUAAUACUCGGUUUUGUUGGCCAUAUUUUUUAUUGGCUUAUUUUCGAUUCACUCGGUCGAGCCGAUGCCAAUAAGAAAUCGAAAUUAGAAUGGACAAGUGAUAAUGAGGAUGAGCAUUAUGCAAUCAUUAUUGGUGCAGGUUUUUCGGGUUUAGGAAUGAGUAUUAAAUUGAAAGAAAUGGGCAUGGAUAAAUUUGUCGUAUUAGAACGUCAUUCACAUGUUGGCGGUACAUGGUAUGCAAAUCGAUAUCCAGGUUGUCAAGUCGAUAUUCCAUCGAAUCUAUAUUCGUAUUCAUUUGAAAUGAAUCCACAAUGGAGCUACAAUUAUAGUCGUCAAUCAGAACUUGCCGACUAUUUAGAAAAAUGUACAGACAAAUAUGAUAUUCGUUCAUAUAUUCAAUUUGAUACGACAGUUACUCGAUGUGAUUGGCUCGACGAACUGCAACUAUGGCGAGUGACUACAGUACACAAAAAUAGUGGUGAUGAAAAAUAUUAUUAUGGCCGUUAUCUUAUUGGAGCCUAUGGUCUACUGUCGAAUGCAUCAUACCCAACAGAUAUUGAAGGAUUUGAAUCAUUUAAAGGAGAAAUGUGUCAUACGGCUGAAUGGAACGAUAAAAUUAAUUUUAAAGGAAAACGAGUUGCCGUUGUCGGUACUGGUUCAAGUGCUAUACAAUGUAUACCUGAAUUACACAAAAAAUUUGGUGUUUCACAUUUAUACGUUUUUCAACGAACGGCACCUUGGAUUACUACUUUAAAGAAUCAAGCAGUGACUUCAUUCGAAAAGUACAUUUUCACCAGUAUUCCACUAAUUCAAAAAUUCCUUCGAGCUUGCAUCUAUUGGAGACUUGAAUCUAUUGUUUUCUCGUUCGUUUAUCGAUGGCCUAUUCGUUUUGUUGCGGAAAAGCUCGUCAAAAAUGUGUUUCUUUAUCAAGUCAAAGAUUCAGAAUUACGCCAAAAAUUGAUUCCAACAUGGGAUUUCGGCUGUAAACGAAUAUUGUUGAGUAGUGAUUGGUUUUCGACACUACAACAGCCUAAUGUUACACUAGUUACAAAUCGAAUACGUCAAGUGAAACCACUUUCGAUUGUCACUUGUGAUGGAAAUGAGUAUCCAGUUGAUAUUAUCGUGUGGGCUACAGGUUUUAAAGUUCAUUCACUUCAUAUUCCUAUGUUUGGCAUUCAAGGCCAAUCGCUUGAGAAACAAUGGUCACAAACCGUGCAGGCUUAUCGUGGUGUUACCGUACCCAAUUUUCCCAAUAUGUUUCUUCUUCUCGGUCCCAAUACAGGACUUGGACACAAUUCUGUACUAGUCAUGAUCGAAGCACAACUGAAGUAUAUUACGGAAGCAUUGGUCUAUAUGCAAGAGAAUGGCAUUCGAGCAUUGGCGGUGAAACAAGACGUUAGCGACAAAUUCAAUGAAGAAAUACAGUCGAAACUAAAGAGCACUGUCUGGCAAGUGGGUGGUUGUCAUUCAUGGUAUCAAGAUCCGAAAGGAAAUAAUACUACAAUAUGGCCUGGGUUUACAUGGACCUAUGAUCUCUUGCUCAGAAAGUUCGAUUAUCAAAAUUAUUAUGCCGUCUCCGCAACGUGA